CAUAAAUAAUGUCUUGAUCCGUUAUGCGACGUCUAGCUGAGCUAAGUGGAUGCAGGGGAAUCAUGGAGUGACGUCAGAGUAUUUGGAGAAUUAAAUAUAAAGCUAUGCUUAUUUUUUUCUGACUGAAUAUUUACGUUGUUAUGGUUUUUUAUUCUGCUCCUUGUGCAGAUUCGUAUUUUGUGGUUUUUAUUUGUAUUUUGAAAACUGGACAAACAGGUUUUAACACCACAGCUGUUUGAAUCGAUAAACAUGCAACAGGUAUGUGUGAGUGCUGUAACAUACAGGAAACAAAUACAUGUGAGAAUUUAUUAUCAUCAGUAUCAUCAGGAAAAACAAUAUUAUCAUAAGCAGGCAUCAAAUUAACCUUAAACCAGAAAAGUAUAGGCUAAGAGCAAUCAGCACCGAAUAAGUUGUUUGCCAACUGGCAGGAAAAACAUCAGGUGAAGAAAAUGCAACUAAAGAAAUUAGAGGUAAAUAUGACAGUAAGUUACCUUUUGGCUGAAGUUUUCAAGCACAAUCAAAUCAGAGGUUACUAAGGAAUGGGUGGAGGAAUGCACAUGGAAACUGAAUGUAGACAGCAUGAUGUAAUCCAAAAGGAAGUAGGAGAAUAUAGAAAAACUAAUAGAUAAAAAUAAAUUAAAAGAGUUUGGUUCAAGGAUGAGAUUUGGACACAGGUUUUUAAAGUACACAAAAAAUAAUGGGCAUGAAAUAAAAAUGAACAUGCUCCAGGUGUGUGAGAACUGUUACAGGAAACCACAGAGCACAUUAUGAUUCAUUGUUUUCAAUAUCGACAGGAAAGACAAUCAUUCAUUAGCAGAUUGGAAAAAGAUCUCAUACUUGAUACUUGAACUGAAGUCUGGGCAUGAGGCUGUUAUAGCAAUGUAAUCUAUUUUUGUAUAGAACAGGACACAUUAGAAAAGUAUAGUAUAAUAUAGGAAUGGUUAAGAUCUACACUCCAGUUCAGAAGGUGGCAUUUAGUGUCUAACACUUGUUUUUCAACAGUUAUUAAAGACAAGAAGACGAAUUGCUUCCUUGUUUGCACCAAUCAUUUCCCAAAAGCGAAGCACUGAGGCAAACUAAUGACCUUUUAAGGGAAACUUUAAAAUUUAAUUUAAGAAUUUUGUUUUCUGCCAAUCUGCCAAUCUUCUGAGUCCCAUUCCAGUCCUAUAGGUGGCGGUGAUGCACCAAUACGUUGUUUGCCAACCACCAUAGAAAACAAAAGAAGAAGAAUUUUUUCUGUGUGUGUUUAGUGAUACUUUCCCAUAAUUAAAGCACCAGGGACAACAUGUGAUCGGUAAUGGCGUUUUCAUAGGAAACUGGUAGAAUAGAGAGAAUUUUAGGAGCUUUCUUUCAUUUGCCUGCCAGUCCUGUGAUGCACACUCCAGUCCAGUAGGGGGAGACAGUGAUUCGUAAGCUGGCGUUUAAACCUAGAAGAAGAAGAUGCACUGCAGCACCUGGUGCUAGCAGAGUUUGUUGACCAUGGAGCUAACAACAUUAGCCUGGCAGGUGUCGUGCGGAUCAGCAGGUUUUUGACAUGACUCUUAAAGCUUUGUCAGCGCAGGCAGACAUCUGACCGCCAGGGACGAGGUCCGGGAUGAGACGCCUGCUCGGCCUGCUGGUGCAACUCCCCGGGAAGUGGCGACCGGUGCCUCCGCUGAAGUUUAAACACACAUGUCCUCUUGUGCUGUCCUCCUCGUCCCUGCAGGCGGACAGCACCAGCAACGGGACCAUGAACGGGACCCACAGCAAGAAGCCGCUGCUGUCCGACCCGCAGCUGUUCGAGGAUCAGUUCGAUGAGCUGCUGACGGAGCUGACGGAGCGGGACCUCACUGACCCGGUGCUGGCGGAUGCUCUGCGCAGGAUGAGAGAGGUUAUGGUGUACAAUGCCCCUGGAGGCAAGAGGAACCGAGGCCUGUCUGUGAUUGGCUCGCUCAGGGAGCUUCUCCCGGCCUCUGAGCUCACCCAGGACACCGUGCAGCGGGCUCUGGUUAUUGGCUGGUGCAUUGAGUUGCUUCAGGCAUUUUUCCUCAUGUCAGAUGAUAUCAUGGAUUCAUCUGUGACUAGGAGAGGGCAACCCUGCUGGUACAAGAAGGAUGGAAUAGGUUUGGAUGCCAUCAAUGAUGCGUUUCUCAUGGAAGGAUUGAUCUACAGGCUACUCCGCAGACACUGCAGGGAUCAGUCGUACUAUGUCCACCUGCUGGAGCUAUUUACUGAGACAUCCUUUCAGACAGAGCUUGGCCAGACAUUGGACCUCAUUACAGCCCCCCCUGGUCAGAUAGACUUCAACAGAUUCACCAUGGAGAGGUACAAAGCUAUUGUAAAAUACAAGACUGCUUUCUACUCUUUUUACCUCCCAGUGGCAGCUGCAAUGUACAUGGCAGGAAUCACCAGCGAUGAGGAACACAAUAAUGCCAAAUACAUCUUACUUGAGAUGGGAGAAUUUUUCCAAAUACAGGAUGACUACCUAGACUGUUUUGGUGACCCUGCUGUUACAGGAAAGAUUGGUACAGACAUUCAGGAUAACAAGUGCAGCUGGCUGGUUGUGACGGCCCUGGAAAUCAUGACCGCUGAACAGAGAGCAGAGCUGGAGACAUGUUACGCACGCCACGAUGAAGCCAGCAUAGAGAAGGUCAAAGCGCUGUACAACACCCUGCAAAUGCCAACACUGUACCACAAAUACGAGACUGAGAGCUACCAGCGGCUGCAGAAGCUCAUCGCUCGUCACGCUCAGAACCUCCCCCACCCCAUCUUCCUCAACUUUGCUGACAAAAUCUACAAGAGGAUCAAGUGAGAAGGAAUGAUGAUCUUCUGAGGUGUUUUAUCUCCUCUCCCUCUAUAGAGGUUUUACCAGGAAGAGACCUCCAACUCGUACAACAUGACCCAAUCUAACACGUUAUAGUUUCUAAGUCUUGCACUUUCAUGAACUUUUCAGACAUUUGUAGAUAUUUGGAUGUAAAUGUCAUCAAAUAACCAUUUUUUCCUUUUCUAUUUAUUGAACCUAGUGCAUAAUGUACAUUGUAGUCAUUGAUAAUGUAUGUGUAUGACUUCUGAGGACAGCGGGCCAUUCUGUUAAUUCCAUAUAUAUUUUUAAUAAAUAUAACAUAUACAUACAGUA